AGUAAGACAUUAUUUGUCAUCUGUUUCCUUCUCCGGGCUUUACCCUGAGUGGGUGGAACAUUAACAAAAUUUAUAUUUAUGCCUUCCCAUCCGAUAACAUCGUCACAGCAUCCGUGAUGUUGAAAGUAAAUCUCGCGAGACUAUCAACAUGAUUGCGUGUGGCCUUGAAGUCAGUGCCGUUGCUGUGGUUACGGAUGAACGCGAUUGGACGAGGAAGUACAGUUUUAUACUUGGAGGAGCUCAAGACUUACCUCAUUGGUGGCCACUAAAUAAUAAUAAUAGAUAAUGGAGGAUGACGACGGAUUGAACGACACAUUAAGACAGCAGUUUCAAGCCCUGCAGAAUCAGCAGAAGAAACGACUCGAAAAAAACCAACCCAGACCACAUACGCACGUCACACACGAGACUGCAGAAGUCCAGGAUAACCUGAACCUGUCAGAUCAAGGCUCAGCCUCUGAUCCUCAUCCACAUCUAAACCUAAAGGAGAGUUUGUUACAGAAUGAGAUUCAGCAGUUGCUCGAUCAGGUGAGAGAACUCCGUGAUGAAAAUGGCCGUCUCCUCAAACUCGCAAGUGAGAAGGAUUUUGAGAUAAAUCACCUGAAUAAGAAGAGAUCUGAGGAGCGACUGGCCCUUGGAGGCACAUUUGGUCUUGCGGGGGAUGCAGCAGCUGCCAAGAUUGUUGAGCUUUCCAAAAAGAACAGAGAGUUAACAGCUGAAGUGGAGAGAGCGACAAUUAAAAUAAAGCAUGGCAGCAAACAAAUCAGAGAGCUUGAGAUGAAGCUAGAAGAUGCUGCAGUUCACACUCCUGGCCAAAAGUUUGACACAAGAUUGACACAGGUUUCGAGGUCCUCCGAAGGCUGUGAGAGCAGUCCUGCAGUGAAAUCCCUGCAGGAUAAAUUAGCGGCUGCCCAGUUCAAAAUGACAGAGUACCGCAACCAGAUUCAAGCUGCCAAGCAGGAGGUGAAAGUAGCUCAGAAGGCAUUGCUGAGUGAGGUAGGAGAGGAGGUCAACCUUCAACAACUUAUAAGCAGCCCGGGGAGCUUCAGAGGACGUUCUCAGCAGAUUCUAGCGCUUCAGUCACGGGUGCGAGACCUUGAGCAGCAGUUGGCCGCGUCCACGCAGCGAAGGCACGGCAGCAUGGAGGACGAGCUUCUGGGGGCACGGGUCCUACAGAAGACCUCCCCUCAGGACAAGAACCUGGGGCACAUCCGCAACAUGGAAAAGGAGAAGAGGGAGGCCUUUGAGCGGCUCACAGCAGCGUAUGAGGGGCUCUUGGAAAUCCAUAAGGAAACCAAGACGAAGCUCGAGGCAUCCAGGGCCAGGAAUAAAUCUCUCACUGCGGAAAUGAAGAUGCUGAAGGUUCAGAUAUCCACCCUCCUGGACAAGGGGAAACACGAUGAUGAGCUGGUGGACACUUUACUGAAACAGCUGACCCGUCUGCAGGAGGUGCUGGCCAGGCACAGUCAACAGCAAGACGCACAGAGCCAGUACACCCAAGUGCCCCUGGGCAACUCCGACACCACUCCACGCAAUACCCUCGUCCAAAAGCUUGGGCAGUUGGUAGCUGAGAAAGAAGCAAAGGUCAAGGAACUAGAGAAGGAGAUUCAGCAGCUCUCCUUAAAGAGAGAAGAUACGGGUAGCCAGUCCAGCUUCCAGACCUGCAAUACCCAGAAUCUGCCAGAAGAGGGAGACAGCAGCAAGAUAAUCACUUCUACACGGCCGGUUUCUAAACAUGGCCAUCAACUAGUGCCUUCAAAUCUAGGAAGCAGUGUGGAGUUAGGAGAUUCAGGGGUGUUGAAGUGUCCUCACUGUUCAGCUGAUUUGACCACGAUCCAGUAUGAAUACAAGGCUCUCUACCAUGCAAUGAGUGUGGAGAAAGACAGACUCUCCGAGCUAAUACAAGUCCUUCGGUCAAAAGAGAAGGAGAUGAAGGUACGGUGUGUGGAGGCGGACCAGAGGUCCCUGGAGGCUCGUCGUGAGGCAGUGACCCUCGAGCAGCAGCUGGAGAAGGCCAAGCUAGAUCCAGCGAAAACAUCCACUCGUGACGCCAGCAGCAGGAAGUGAAUGCAAUCGUGCAAUUUCCGCUUUCAAUAGCCUGACAAAAAGUGCGGUGCGAUUUAGUUGAACCCUAUUUAUUUUGAAUGUUCUCAAUAUGUGGCUUAGUUGUAGGAUUUACAGACUGGAUACAAGCACCACACAAACAGUUGUAGCUGCAGACACGGUACAAACUGAAAGAGGAAAAGCGGUUGCUUCUCUUGACCCGAGGAUCAGAUGAUCUCAGAGAUGUUGGUCUGUCUUCCCCCCCCCCACCCCACC